AAUCAGCCCACAGAAAACUUAAGCACCACUCUCUCCUCUUUGUCAUGGCCGCUGGUUUUUCCUCCCAAAAAUGGUUUUCUCUCGAACCCUUCUCCUCUCAUACCCUUAUUAAAUUCCCACCCUGAAAUAUGACCAAAAUCAACAGAAAGAUCAAUUCUUUGUGGGUUUCUCUCUGUUUCCCUUAUCAUUGAUGAGGGUGGAAGAGAACUUGGCGGGAUUGGCGACUGAGCAGGCUAGGGUUUCUUCUUCGAGGAAGGGGAAGAAGAAGAAGAAGCAGAAGAAGUCUGAAUCGAUGCCUACGGUUGUGCAAAGGCUGUUUGAUACUUGCAAGGAUGUGUUUGCUGAUUGCGGCCCUGGGAUCAUUCCCUCGCCUGAGAAAAUUGGGAUGCUUAGGUCCAUGUUAGAUAGCAUGAAACCAUCGGAUGUUGGUCUUAGUCCAAAGAUGCCUUAUUUCAGGAGCAAUGAAUUCAGGGGGCCUCCUCCAAUCACAUACUUACAUCUUUAUGAGUGUCCUAGAUUCUCGAUUGGUAUCUUCUGCCUGCCUCCAUCUGCAGUCAUUCCACUACAUAAUCACCCGGGAAUGACCGUCUUUAGCAAGAUUCUCUUCGGUUCUAUGCACAUCAAGUCGUAUGAUUGGACCGAUGCCUCUCAAAUCACCAGCGAAAUGAUCAAACCUGCGCAUCUUCAGGAUCGAGACCUGAGAUUGGCAAAGGUGAAUACUGAUGCAGUCUUCAUUGCUCCAUGCGAGACUUCCAUUCUGUAUCCAGCUGCUGGAGGCAAUAUGCAUUGUUUUACUGCGAAGACCUCUGUUGCUGUUUUGGAUGUGCUUGGCCCACCUUAUGAUGAUGCUGCAAAAAGGCAUUGUGCCUACUACACCACUUUUCCUUGUGCUAAUAUCUCUGAGGAUCCAGCUGCAGCCUCCAGCGAGGGGGAGAUGUAUGCCUGGCUGGAGGAGAAAGAGAAGAAACCCGACGACUUGAUCGUGGUUGGUGCAAAAUACAAGGGCCCUAAAAUCGUACAGCAUUGAUUGAUGUGCUGAUUAUAGUCUGCGAUAGUGCUGCCAAUGUGAUGAAAAGAGGGGAAUUAUAACAUCUUCUGCAGUGUUCAAGCGCAGCAGUGAAUUAAAACAUCUUCUGCAGCUCCGGUUGUAAAUAGACAGGAGGAAGGAAAGGGAAAAGGGAGAAGAGGGUUCUGAGUUCAGUUUUUUUCCCUCUUUAUUUUUUCUUCUUUAGUUGUUAGUUAAAAACAGUUGCAGAAACUUAUCUUUUGGUCUCAAUAGCUUGUUUUUGAAAUUUGGAUUGCAGUAUACAUCAUUUUAAUUGUCAA